AUGCGGGCGCCGCCGGCGGCACCUGCGGCUCCUCUCGGCGGCGGCGGUCGCCUCGGCGGCAGCAGAGCGGCAACUUUUUGCGGAUUGUUCUUGCUUCAAGGCUUUGCGUUGCAAAUUCAGUGUUACCAGUGUGAAGAAUUCCAGCUGAAUAACGACUGCUCGUCCCCCGAGUUCAUCGUGAAUUGCACGGUGAACGUUCAAGACAUGUGUCAGAAAGAAGUGAUGGAGCAAAGCGCAGGAAUCAUGUACCGCAAGGCGUGUGCAUCGUCGGCAGCCUGCCUCAUCGCCUCGGCUGGGUACCAAUCCUUCUGCUCCCCAGGGAAACUGAACUCGGUGUGCAUCAGCUGCUGCAACACCCCUCUUUGCAACGGGCCCCGGCCCAAGAAAAGGAGCAGUUCUGCCACGGCCCUCCGGCCAUGGCUCCCCAGCACCAUCUUGCUCCUCAAGAUAGCCCUUUUCUUGGCACACUGCUGA